GUAAUAGUUCAAAAACUACUGGAUGAAAAUGAGGAUGGCCAGGAUGGCAGUGUAAGCCGCACAACGGAAGAAAAUGGACAUUCCUGCCAUCGUCGAUCAUCUGCUGGCCAUCACCACCAUCUUCAAUAUCCACAGCAUCGACUGCACCGACUUUCGGCUCCAGAUGCAUCGACGUUCUUGGGGAAUCAGCCAAGGCGCAGCGAAUCAACACCCGAAAAUGGAUUGGAAACACUCGGGAUUCCACGUAGAACGAGGAGUUCUUCAUUUUAUAUAUUCAAAGAAAGAGUGUCCAGUGCUACAAUUAAGCCGCUGAGGAACAUGUCGGGGCCAGUCCGGGAUGCCAUUUAUACGACACUGGCUAUCGUAACGACAGGAAGUAGCCUACUUUUCUGCGUAAGCGACUCGCAUUUACUGCUCUUGAAAUCGCGUGUUAAAGCAUUUAUUUCUCUUACCGAUAUUGUGCCUCGAGCAAUUUGUGGAUCGAAAACUUCGUUGCUUCGCGAUCCUGAUGAUCCGAUGAUGGCAAGUACAUUUCAUACGGUAUUCUCAGAUACGGUCAGUUUUGUGUACAUGUUCACCAGUGCAAUUCGGAUUAUUAUCUAUUACAUAUGCAAUCCGGCAAUACGCAAAUAUUUGCAAGAGUUCGAGCCUUGGCAACAUGAGCAGCAGAAGCCGGCUGCUGUUGCCGUUCCUGUUUGA